AUGCUCUCUUCUUGCAGUUUGUUCACUGAUGAAAUUGUGAGGGGCCAGACAUCUCAACCGCCGGCGUACUUGAGUCACGUGUCAUCUGGGGGGAGCAUUGCACAUCUACGCGCCGAUGUCGUGCGGGGGCUCAACGAAUCGCAGGCAGCUGCCUUCGAGAGCGUCCUUCAGAGGCGAGUCGCCCUAGUGCAAGGACCUCCGGGUACAGGGAAAACGUACCUCGGAUGCAAAAUUGCUGAGUAUUUUGUCAGCCUCAAAGGCACGAACCCAAAUGUAUUCAGAGGCCCCAUAUUAGUGGUGACAACAACAAAUCAUGCAGUCCAUGAGUUCCUGAGUCGCUGUCUGCUGUUUACAAAUAAGCUUAUUCAUGGCUACAGCGACAAGCAUGGAAGAUCGCAGUACGGUGAACUUCAAGAGACUUAUGAUGAAUCCAGCCAACAUGAGAAAACCGACAUCAUGCGGGAGGCGGACAUACUCGCUAUGACCACCACCAGGGCGGCUUACAUGCGUUCUACGCUGGACCUUUUGGGAAUAAACAUUGGAGUUUGCGUGGAGGAUGUACACCCGGACCCUGGAGAUUUCUUGGACGUCCAACUUACGAUCCACGGCCAUGACGACGGCCGCGGCCAGGCGAUCAUCAUCAACACGGAGAUGCGGAAUGGAGACGAGCUGUCGCAUUCUCUUGUGACCUCAAAUGCCGCUGAUUUGCCCGUCAACACUUCCGCUCCCGCUCCCACUGUUCAUGUUGCAUCAGGCGUUGUACCUGGAGAAUCAGAGUCACGACCACGCCUGUUCUCACCUGUAUCAUCUGAAGGAUAUGAAACCAAUGAAGAUGAUCCUCCUCCAGUUGACAGCUGUAAUGGUUCUCCAGAGACUUCCUUUCAGCUUCGGAUGAGUUCAGGUUCCGAUGAUGACGAUUCGGACUGCACACUAGCAGCCCAUCAAGCAAUGCGGAGCGACGACGCGAGCAGUGACGACGACGUAAUUGCUGAGGCUGACAAGGAUGUUGAUUCUUCAUUCGGUCAGAAGAAACACGUUGGCUACAAUGCGGCUCAGUUCCCCAACGACCCUGCGUUUUACAGGAGAAAGGUGACUUUCUCACCUGAAGAAGUUGCCCAGUUCAUCGAUGGUGAACCAUGCCAGCCCAGGGAGAGUCAGCUUCUUGGAGAGCAUGAAUCUUCGAAGGCACACGUUGAAGCAAAUAUUGCUCGUAUCACAAGGUCGUCGACCGCUCCCAUAAAUGCCUCAUUAGACGCUGAAAAAAAUGCACAAGUGAGAGUUAACAGAGAAAUUGUCAAGCAAUUAUUUGAUAUAACACUUUACCUUGCUCGCCACAACAUGGCCUUUCGCGGGCACAGAGAGAACUGGAACAGGGAAGGAUUAAAAGGCAACUACAGGGAUUUAAUCGAGCUGCUGUCAAAAUACUCUCCUGAGUUAGCAAAAUACGUUAAGAAGAUUGCUGUGGACAAAAAAGACAAGUUUAACUACAUUUCCUGGCAGCGUCAAAAUCAAAUGAUGGAUGCCUUAUGUAAAUGCAUCACAAGUGAAAUUUUAGGUGAAAUUAAAGAUGCAAAAUUUUUUAGUGUCCAAAUGGAUGGAGCCUUUGAUAAAAGUAAGCAUGAACAGUUAGCAUUUUCUGUGCGUUAUGCUGAUGUACGCACGGGGACAGUGCAUGAAAGGCUUCUUGCUGUGCGACCUACUCCUUCAAGUACAGGUGCCCAACGUUUCAAAGUAUUUGUUGAGGUCUGUGAAGCCUUGGGUCUAGACUGGCGACGAUUUCUCGUCGGACAGGCCUAUGAUGGGGCAUUGAACAUGAGAGGCCAUGAGAAAGGACUGCAACAGAGAGUUCGAGACGUGAAUCCCGCUGCACUGUACAUCUGGUGCCACGCUCAUCGGCUGAAUCUUGUUGUGUCCCAACGAGUCGAAACUGGCACUCAGGUGAAAGAACUUUUCGGAAAUUUAGAGAAAGUGUACGACUUCAUAGGCAAUUGCAAAACCAGAGUUCAUCUGUUUGAGAAGAUCCAGAAGGAAAAAAGCCCCGACUUACCAGUGAGACGCCUGAAGAGAUGUCGCACGACACGGUGGUUUUCGCAUUCUGCUGCAUUAGACACAGUGUGGAACACUUACGAUUCUUUGCUGGACACGUUGGCAACUCUUCGUGACGAAGAUGGCGCUGCCGACAGCACGGGACGAGCAACAGCAAGUAGCCUGUAUGAAUACUUCUUCUCGGAAAAGUUUGUCCUACAUGGCUUAAUUUUCCAGGAUGUUUUCAGAAUUCUCCAGCCUGUAAAUACUUACUUUCAGAAAAGGGACAUCGACUUGCUUGGUGCUUCUAAUGAAGUACGCAGAGUUAAAGAUGAAUUCUCCGACUGGCGCAGUAACUCGGACGAGUUGUGGCAUAAGUACAGAAGCAAGCUUACAGAAUUUGCUAGCCAACAUGAGCGUGAUGGUUAUGAGCUUACCCCACUUCCAGUGCGUCGUCUUCGGCGCAAGCGCAGGCUGGAUGGCGAGUUGGCAUCAGAUGAACCUGUUGAGGACCCUUAUGAGAAAUUCAGAAUAGAUUGCUUUGUCACUACCCUAGACGUUGUUUCUAUGCAGUUAAAUGUGUACUUCAAUGAUUCGUCUCUUGAAAUAAUCAGGGAUAUUUCAUUAUUGUCAAGGCGACGAAUGGCUGAAGUGAGGCAAAACUCUGAAUCUCUUCCUGCGGAUGCUUUUGAAGAGCUUUGCGAAGUUUACAAGAAUUUUUUGGACAGAGAGAAGCUCAUUGAUGAAUACAAAAGAUUUUGUCAUUCAUUUGUGGAAUUCGAUCGGGUUGACGUCCUACCUACUCAGCUCCAUAGAUGCACCACACCGCAAUCCGGGUCGGAUGCUGAUUCUGAAUCCAGUGAUAGCGAGUGCAACACUGACUGCCAAUCUUCAUCAUCAUCCAGAAAGUCCCAAAACUCAGAGAGUCUUUUAGACAUUUUCAAGAUCUUUUGUAAAAGUAACUUGCACAGUACUUUUCCCACGCUGUCAACUGCUCUGACGAUCUGCGUUACUCUACCAGUGUCGAGCACAACCCCAGAGAGGGCUUUCUCUAAACUGAACCUCAUUAAAACGAAGUUAAGAACAACAAUGGAAGAUGGCCGUGCGGUAUGGGAUGUGCCUCAGCAAUGCACAAUGCUUCGCUGCUUUCCUGACAAAGUUAGACUGUUAGCCUCAAGAGGCCUUUUCUUUCUUCAGUUGAGUCCCAUCGAUGAAUUUUGUUGUGCUGUGUUUGAUAAGCAGAAGCGAAGAAGAAGGCUACCAAGUUUUCAAGAAGUUUGGCGAGCCCUCAUGUGGAAGACCCAGAUGGAGUCAACAUAG